CUCAAUACUAGCAUAUUCUGUGACACAGAAAUAACCCCAAAGACCGCUGUAGGCAUCUUCGACAAAUUCGGAAGCGUAUAAAUUGGCUAGCAUGGCCUCGUCCUCGACAAAAUACUUGGAUUUUGCUAACUGUUUCUUGGUGAGACCUGCUAUCUUUUCGAGACUCUCAAUACCCCACACUGUAUGUGUUCAGCGUUGUAGGGUAAAAUCCCCACAAUUGGAGCAGUCGCAGAAAGCCAGCAUGAACUCUGUGUUGAAGAAGGAGAGCCCUUGCCACACUUUCUCCUCCUCUUUAGCAUCUUUACCGUACCAAUCGUUUGACGAGAUCUCCGCGAUAUAUUUUGAUAGUGGCCAAAUUUUCAGUCAGGUGAAACCCGUUGGCUCCUAAUUAAGCAGGAUAUUCCUUCAAAGAAAUUGGAUCCUCAAACUUGGGAGCACUCCUG